CCAUCUCUUUCUACUAACCUACCUAACCACUACAACACCACAACAUUGCAGAAGGGCCACCAACCGACUGCCCGCCUUUUGACGUGCCUAGUUCUGCCCCAUUCUCGUCUGCCUGUUUCUUGCUCUCAACAGCAUUUUCCGUCGCUUGCCUUUCUUCCCUCUCUUUUUUUUCCCGCAACGGUCGAAUUCUCCAGUCUUUUCAACUCGGAUCGCCCUACACCCUGGGUAAUCUCUCACAUGCGAUCCUAAACAUCGCGACCAACUCGAAAAUCGAUAUCUGUAUCCGUAGCCCGAUUCGACUUGCUUUAACACUCGCUCCCGACAUCUCCGCCAUUUCCUCGCCGCGCCUAUGCUACCCCCUACCCUCAACAGAUGAGACCCUCGACGACACAAUCUUUCCGAACGAAUACUUGGCAGACAAGUGGUGCAUCCAAGGGAAACUUCGGCUUUUUGGCCUCCCUGCGGGUCAUUAACUUUCCUAGAUGAUGACCUCAUCUAGACCCCGCGCCGAUAUAGGCGGUAGCUUUGCGAGCCGACGCGGUCAUGCGAGCCAGCUGUCAAUUUCAGAUCCCAGCCACCAUGUGACGGAGACCAUUGGGACCCUAUACGGAGAUGAGGAGGACUACUCAAAUGAUCAGCGGCCCUUGAGUUUCUUCGGGUCGUCUUACUCUGACCAAUCCACCAAGCAUGGCGAAGCAGACCCCUCCGCCGAAGACCCCCAUAGACAAAUGUUGCGUUCCGCCUUGGACAAGACGGGCCCAGGAGCAACACAGAACGGAACCCCCGCACUCAAGAAGCCCCAGGCGCUACCAGCGCGCUCUCCUAGUCAGCGAAGCAACUCGUACGAAAAUGGGCCUAAGUCACCGCCCAUCUCCUUGCGCGACGUCAAAAACGAGUCUUCCCAGUUUCCCCUCGGUAGCAUCGAGAAUCCGAACGAUAUUGCGCAGGAGCUCAGCAAUUUGCAGGCUCUGAGACGCAUGUCCAUGGAUGUUGGAAACAAUGCUGACCCCGAUAUGCUGCCUUUCUCCGGUCUCUCUCUUGUCGCUAUGCCUCCAAUCGCGCCAACGGGAGAUGAUGACGAAAAUGAUCCUUCGAGGCUGCUUUGGGUGCCUGCAGCUGUUCAUCCUGAGCUGGCGCCUACUGAGUUCAAAAACUUCCUGGAGGAUAGGGUCAAGACCAUCAGGAGACGAUCAGGCGAUUCUUCCGACGGCGGCAUGGACCGAAGCGACUCUGGCGGAGGCUUACGACGAAAGAAGAGUAUGCUCUCACGGCAGAUUGAUAAUUCAGGAGGAAGAGGAGCUGUUGGCUACGUGGACGGUGCCGAGAGGCUCGGACGGAAGAGCUCCCUAAGGGAAUAUUCGACACCGGAGCUCAAUUUGAACGAAUUGGUCAAGGAUCCUACAAAGGUGGUGCGUGAGCUUUCCCAGGAGAGUCAAGCUGAGGGGGGUGUGGAAGACAUGCCAAUUCUGCCAGUUGCCCCCGGCAUGGGACUCCGUCGUUCGACCCGGACCACAUAUCGGAAGAAUGGCAGUGUACGCUCGGGAGACCGGCUGCCCUUCUCAAAACGAGUCGCGAGUCGACAUGGCCACACAGACUCCUCCGACUCGGCCGAUACGGUCCCUCCUCUGCCGUCCGACGUGCCUGAAGUGCCCCCUUUGCCCAGCCACCAACGAGUUCAGUCAGAGCCGGUCGCAGAGAACUUCUCGCGCCCUAACCGAUCAGUACGCCGACAGCAUAAGUUCUCUCAGGAUUUGGACACAACAUCCGAUGGUGCAUCAUCAGAGGUCGAGGAACCUGUCUCUCCUCUCAGCACUCGCCCCGAACAGCAGCAUCCCGCGCGGACAUCCUCGGUUGCUGUCGACGCGAAACAGUCCGUUCCAUCCAUUGUUGAGUCGCCGACAACUGAGGACAACGGACAAAGGCAGCAGUUUCCGCAGCGAUCCUCUUCACAACACGCAACCCAACCGAUUCCUCCGCAGUCCCCAGUGGAGGAGCUUCCUGCUCGUUCGAGCAAGCGUCCUGGGGCAGGCAGCUCCGCACCAAGCCCGACGACUCCUGCGGCACUCCAACAGCCACAGGUGCAGCAGGCCAAGCAGCAGACCAAUCCUCCCAACCAGCCGUCGAAUGAUAUGGCUUCCCACCCUUCAACCCUGCCCAGCAGUGGUGCUUCCCGAACCGAUACCCUUACUUUCAUUCCCACUUUGCCAGCAGAGGAAAAGAAGACGGAGGAGAAGAGAGUGGGAGGCAAGCUGAGGAAAGAAAGAGAUGACGACGCGUCCAGCAUCUCUUCGACCAAGUCUUCUGGCGGCUGGUCAAAGUGGCUCAAAGGCGGCAGUGACGACAAGGAUAAGAAAAAGAAGGAAGAGGAGAAGAAAAAGAAGCAUGGUGCGGAAAAGGCGCAGGACAACGCCCGAUUGGACGUUCUCCAGAAUUCGAUUGAGGGGGUUUCGUCCAAGGGAAGAGAGAGCAUCAUUGUGGACCGCGACAACGUCGACAAUAAACUCACGGAAGAGCGGAAGAAAGAGACUAAGAAGACGGAUUCCAAGAAGGAGAAGGAGGGUGGUCUGUUCUCGGGCCUCUUUGGCGGCGGGAAAAAGAAGAGCGAGAAGGAGAGCAGCAGCAAGAAGAACCAGCAUCUGCGCGUGUCGGAAGAAGUGCCGUAUCGGCCUCUUAAACCCGAUGUUGACUACCACUGGACCAGAUUCCCACUCCUCGAAGAACGAGCGAUCUAUCGGAUGGCUCACAUCAAGCUCGCUAACCCGCGUCGGUCGCUGCUGAGUCAGGUUCUGCUCAGUAACUUCAUGUACAACUACCUCGCCAUCGUUCAAGCUAUGCAUCCCCAGAUGCAGGUUCCGCAGUCACCGCAGCAAAGACGGUUGGAAGAGGAGCGCCGUCGCAAGGAACAGGAAGAACAGUACCUGGCUCAGCAGCAGCAACAACAGCAACAGCAACAGCAGCAAGAGGCGACAGACCAGGAUUCCACGGGCCAGUACAACUUUGAGUAUCAUCGGGGCGAAAACCAGUACGGAGACCAUCCUCAUGAUGAGGUGGACUAUGUGGACGAUGCCCAGAUCUACGAGUAUGACCAUGGCGGCGACAUUGACAAUGGACGCAGCAAUGGCUACAGUGGCCCUGACAGCUACGAUGCUCAGCCUGGCAAGCAGUAUUACCAUGACCAGUACGGACGCGAUGGCGGCGACAAUGCGAGGCGUAGGGACGAUCGAGAGGACAUGUGGUGAUCCUCGAAGCGGAGAACGAGAAGCAAAGACGGCGGCAACGACAAGCUGAGAAGGCUCCAGCAAGCAGACAGGCCCCUGGUUUGGGUUCGGACCGCAGGUGAACCCGUUGGACGGCGCUGUAUAAUCAUUCAAACACAUGUGCAUAAGGCGGAGUUCAAGGAUUGCGAGUUCGACAUACAUUCGGAAGGGGACCCAAUUUCUUUACAAUUUUUUUCGCUGACGGCUUGACGGAACCCUGGGUGGUCAUCUUUUCCUUCUUUUCCAGCAUUGUUUACCUCAUCCUCGUCACUACCUAUCUUCCAGGGGUGUGUUGUAGUGGCAGAGGUAUUUGGGUGAGGCACAUGUAAAUAGACAACAUAGCGAUCGGGAAGAUAUGGACGCUACUUAGGUUCGACUGCAAAUGCGGGGAAAGAAAAUAAAGCACAUGGCGAGUACAGUUAACCAUAGCAUAU